UUCUUCACCAAUAGGAAUCAUCCGGGGCGUGUCCUUAUGGUGCCGUGGUCCGUGUGGAAAGUUUACCGGCUCGGGUGCAAAGUUUUAGCCGUCUGCAAACGGGAGCUCGUCGGCAAACGUAUCUGGAAUAUGCUGGUGUCGACAACGGUCUAUUUAUACGGUUACUAGAAUCGUUUUUGACGGAUUAAUGUGUGCCUGUUGGUUGUGCUCAGUUAUAGCCGGGUGAUGCUGCCAUCGCUGGAUAACAGUGUGUGAAGACGCUGUUAGCAUCGAUCGUAUUGUCUCAGGGAGCCAGCUAGCUUAACGUUAGUCGUUAGCUUGGAGCCGUGUUAAACCCGAGAGCUAGCUAGCUGAUGUGAGCUUGUUAGAAGACACAGUGAAUCGUUUUUUUUUUUUAUCGACCAAGGACUGCGAGGAAGGAAAAAUGGCUUGCGAGCCUAAUCGUGCCCGGCUGCUGUGCAUGCUCUCCUUGACUUUUGGGUUUUUCAUUGUGGAGGUGGCGGUCAGCCGGAUGACCUCCUCUCUGUCGAUGCUGUCGGACUCUUUCCAUAUGCUGUCGGACGUCAUUGCUCUGAUAGUGGCUCUGGUCGCGGUGCGAUUCGCCGAGAAAACCCAUGCGACCAACAAAAACACCUUCGGGUGGAUCCGGGCGGAGGUGAUGGGGGCUCUGGUCAACGCCGUCUUCCUCACGGCGCUGUGCUUCACCAUCGUCCUGGAAGCUGUGGAGCGCUUCACCGAGCCCCAUGAGAUCAGUAGCCCGUUGGUGGUAGCCGGGGUCGGUGCCGCGGGGCUGCUGGUCAACCUGCUCGGGCUCUGCUUGUUCCGCGGGCACGCUGGAGGAGGCCACGGACACUCCCACGGAGGUCACUCUCAUGGAAAUAAGAACAAGAGGGGUAAAAACAGCCAUAACGCUGGUAAUGGAUCUUCAGGAGAAGAGACCAACAACUUGGUGGGGAAUCACAAUAGCCCGGGAGAAGCUAGACCGAGAAAUGAAAUCAGCUGUAAAGACGGCACAGAGGUGCAGAUGAACGGCACCACCAACUUUGAGGACAUGGACCAUGACAUCGACGCGUCACAGCUCAACAUGCGCGGGGUCUUCCUGCAUGUGUUGGGUGACGCCCUUGGCUCUGUCAUUGUGGUGGUCACUGCUAUUAUAUUUACCUUUGUGUGGCAGCCCUGCAUAGAAGGUGAGAUGUGUAUGAACCCCUGUAUAAACAGCCACUCCACCGACCACCAGCAUGUCAAUCACACGCUGGUCGACCUGCUGGAAGGUUCCACCAUGUCGACCAUGAAGCUUGCCGGCCCCUGCUGGGUUCUCUACCUGGAUCCCACACUCUGCAUCACCAUGGUGUGCAUCCUACUGUAUACUACCUACCCGCUGCUCAAAGAGUCGGCCCUCAUCCUGCUGCAGACCGUGCCCAAGCAGAUCAACAUGCACCGGCUCAACGAGCGGCUGCUCGGUCUGGAGGGCGUCCUGGCCAUCCACGAGUUGCACAUCUGGCAGCUGGCUGGCAGUCGCAUCAUCGCCACGGCACACAUCAAGUGCCACGACCCCACUUCUUACAUGGAGGUGGCCAAACGCAUCAAGGACUUCUUCCACAACGAGGGAAUCCACGCCACCACCAUCCAGCCCGAGUUCGUCACGUUCAACUCGGAGUCUCGAGACUCCCUCUGUGAGCUCUCCUGUCGGACUCAGUGUGCUCCCAAGCUGUGCUGCGGCUCUGCGGACAAACCGAACGAUAAGAAGGCCGGAAGUGACGGCAAGGCUGCUGCCGCUUCAGCCCUGGAGGUGAUCAGUGAGACCCCAGAGCAGGAUGCAGGCAUUCAGGAGCUCCCUCGGUCGGCUGUCGAAAUUACCAUCGCUAGAGAGGUGGAGUCGUCUCUGUGAGAUGGAGGGGGAUAGAGAGAAACAGAGGAGAAGCUGGAAAACCACCAAACCAUCAUGAAAUCAUCAGUGUCAUGGACGCGGUUAUCUUUUUUGACCAGUGGCCACGACGAGAAUUAAUUUUCCUGAGCUUUUAUUCUCUGUCAUUGCCCCCCCCCCCUCCCCCUUGUUAUGGCUGAAGAAUUCUCCUUACAACGCUCUGCUGUGUUCAUGCAUUUGAGCCAUUUCUUUUCAUCUCUCAUCUCUCCGAAUACCCAUUUCCAUCCCCUCCUUCCCCCAGCCUCUCCUCUACCACUCGGCCCCUCUCUUGUUGCCCUGGCAGUAUGGUGGCGAUGCAUGUUGGGGUUCACUGACCUUAACUCCUCCAGGACUGGAGCGAGGCCUGCAUGAGUGUCCCUCAUUAGCACCGUGUUGUGAUGCGUCAUCUCGUCCCAUGGUGUUUCUGUGCCAAAGCUUCUCACUGCAGGACUGAAGGGAUCUGAGAGACUUCGUCUCCUCCAAAAGGACACACACACACACAACACAUGCAAGUCGGAGCACAUAUCACUCUGUUAUGUUGUUUAGCCUGUUGGCAAAGAGUUUACUUCUUUUUUUUUUUUUUUUUUUUAAGUAGGCUUUGAACAGAUCUAUUUUCUUACCCUCUGGCCCCAAAUGGUAGAGUAUUGUAUUGCAUAAUAAUUAAAGUAUUUUAAGUUAUUAGAAUGAUCUCAGUGUUUCCCCCUACCAUUGUCUUGGAAGGGCGCAGCGCCCCUACGACGGAGCCCAGCGCCCCUCCGACGGAGCCCAGCGCCCCUCCGACGGAGCCUAGCGCCCCUCCGACGGAGCCCAGCGCCCCUCCGACGGAGCCCAGCGCCCCUCCGACGGAGCCCAGCGCCCUGCCUGAAAUUCAAGGUGUUUUUUUCUCGAAUAAAAAAUAAUAAAAAAAAUUAUUUUUAUUCACAACUCACUUUUCACACUCAC